UAGAAGGGUAGAAAGAAUAGGGAGUGGAUAGAAAUAGAUAUUGAUACAGAAGGAAAGAGUAGAUACAGAAUAAUGAGGGCAGAAUAGAAGGGUAGAAAGAAUAGGGAGUGGAUAGAAAUAGAUAUUGAUAGAGAAGGAAAGAGAGAGUAGAUAGAGAAUAAUGAGGGCAGAAUAGGAUAGAAAGAAUAGGGAGUUGAUAGAAGUAGAUGCUGAUAGAGAAGGAAAGAGUAGAUACAGAAUAAUGAGGGCAGAAUAGAAGGAUAGAAAGAAUAGGGAGUUGAUAGUAGUAGUAUAGAUAAAAAGCAAUAGAGAAUGAUAAUAACAGUAGUAGAUAGAGAAGGAUAGAAAGAAGAGGUAGUGGACAGUAUUAGAGAUAAGAAGUGAUAGAUAUAGAUAUGGAGAAGGAAAGAAAGUAUAGAUAGUAGAUUAGUAAUAGAUAGAUAAUGAGGGAAAAGAGGAAUGAAAUAUAGGUAGUAAUAGAAAUAGAGAAUGAGAAAAUAAAAGAAGAAAUAAAUAUGUGUGAUUAUUAAUUUGGAUGUAUAAGAGAACUGUAUUUAACAAGGUAGGAAUAGAUGCUUUGGUUAAUAUUUAUGGCUGAAGUUAAUGCACUAUACGACUAACAUGAUUCUGCCCCAGGAUGACACAUACACAAACAAACAUCGACUAAGCCAACCUUCUCUCCUAGUCCUUCUCUUCCUCCUUUAUUACCAAGGCUACGGAGGGCAAGAACAGACCUUUAGACUCGUACCCAAUUGCUUGAGUCACUCCCAACACAAACAUCUGCUCAAGGAUUACACACACACAUCGACUAACCUAUCUCUCCUUUCUAGCUCUUCUGUUUCACUUCUAACCAUUACCAGAGUUACAAGGGGCAAGAACAGACCUUUAGACUCUCAUCCAAAUGGUCUAAAUCCUUCCUAAUACAAACAGCUGCCCAGGGAUGACACACACAAACAAACAGACAAACCUCUACUAACCCAACCUUCCCUCCAAGCCAAGCCACACGGCGAUAAGAGACGCGAGGGAGGAGAGAGCGAAAGAUAAAGAUGAAGCAAGGUAAGUGAUAGAGGGGAGGGAUAUGACCUGAGCCUGACUACCUGGUGUGUCCGCAGGCUGGUGGAUCCCUGGAAAUGUUCAUGACGGACGACCAGAAGAAAUACUACAACGCCAUGAAGAAAAUGGGAGGGAAAAAGCCGCUCAAGGCCAUUCCGCGGCCACAGUUUCGUCCCCAAGCCGUCGUGUUCGAGAUAGUGACUAACAAGAAGUUUGACAUGAUCAUCAUGAUCUUCAUCGGAUUGAACAUGCUGACUAUGACUAUGGAUCACUACAACAUGUCGGAGAAGUGGAAGAUGGGGCUCAACUACCUCAACCUCAUCUUCAUCUGCAUCUUCACGUCGGAGUGCGUGCUGAAGGUCUUCGCGCUGCGCUGGCACUACUUCAAGGAACCCUGGAACCUGUUCGACUUCGUGGUGGUCAUCAUGUCCAUCCUCGGUCUGGUGCUGAAGGACAUCAUCGAGAAGUACUUCGUGUCGCCGACGCUGCUCCGUGUGGUGCGUGUGGCCAAGGUGGGCCGAGUGCUGCGUCUGGUGAAGGGCGCCAAGGGCAUCCGAACACUGCUCUUCGCCCUGGCCAUGUCCCUGCCGGCGCUCUUCAACAUUUGUCUCCUCCUUUUCCUUGUCAUGUUCAUCUUCGCUAUAUUCGGCAUGUCCUUUUUUAUGAACGUGAAGCCCACGGGUGGACUGGACGAAGUGUACAACUUCAGGACGUUCUUCCAGUCCUUCAUCCUGUUGUUCCAAAUGAUGACAUCGGCGGGGUGGGACGGCGUGCUUAGCGGCAUCGUGAACGAGAAGGACUGUAAGCCACCCAACCCCGAGGUGGGUGACCCUGGGGACUGCGGCAACCAGGCCAUCGGGAUCGCCUACUUGCUGGGCUAUCUGGUGAUCAGCUUCCUCAUCGUGAUCAACAUGUACAUCGCCGUCAUCUUGGAGAACUACUCACAAGCCACGGAGGACGUGGAGGAGGGCCUCACCGACGACGACUACGACAUGUACUACGAGAUAUGGCAGCAGUUUGACCCCAAGGGCACCCAGUACAUCGAGUUCGCGCAGGUCUCAGACUUCCUCGACGUCCUGGAGCCGCCGCUCCAGAUUCACAAGCCCAACAAGUACAAAAUUGUGUCGAUGGACAUUACCAUCUGUAAGGGCGACAUGGUGUUCUGUGUGGACGUCCUGGACGCCCUCACCAAGGACUUCUUUGCCCGCAAGGGUAAUCCCGUAGAGGACUCGGCCGACAUAGGUGAUGUCGGGCCCCCGCAGGACCGGCCGGGCUACGAGCCCGUGUCGUCCACUCUGUGGAGGCAGCGGGAGGAGUACUGCGCCCGCCUGAUCCAGCAGGCGUGGCGCAGACACCGGCAGCACAAGGACCAGUCGUCCCUGUCUGGCGGAGAGUCCCAGGAGGAGCUGAAGCAGGCAGACACGGCCGUCCUGGUCGAGAGCGACGGUUACGUCACAAAAAACGGCCAUAAGGUGGUGAUACACUCGCGGUCACCAUCCCUCACCUCACGCUCCACCGACGUGUGACCCCAAGGCGAGUACCUCACUUGUUGCUGCUUCUUGACCCGCGCCGCCCACCCCGCCCCGCCCAACCCCACCCCGCCCCGCCCCGCCUUGCCUCGCCUCGCCUCGGGCUCUGGCGCCGCCGCCCACCCCUUGGGGCUCUCUCGGGCCCCGCAUCGUCGGUCGCGCCUUCCCUGUUCGGGCUCGCCGCACUCUUAAUGCCUUGUUGUUUAUGUUUGUUGUGCGACCCCAUAGCCCGCAGCCCGUAGCCGCCGCCCGCAGCCCAGUCCACAGCCCCAGCCCGCUGAUCACAUCCAGCUCGCAGUCCACAGCCCCCAACCCGCCCCGCCCCGCCCCAGCUGGCAGGCCCCAACACCACCCACCCACACUUGAGUUUCUCUGUUAUCUGGCCGAGACCUCUCGCCGCAUCCCGAGUGCUGGGGGCUGCAUGGCGUCCUGGUGCUGCGAGGACUGCGUCGCCUCGCCGGCGUAGGGCUCAGGCCACUGGCGAGCUGGCCGAGACUCUGGCCACUGCCGCCCACACCCCAGCGGCCGCCCACACCUGCCAGCGGCCGCCACACCUGCCAGCGGCCGCCCACACCCUCCAACGACCGCCACACCCGCCAGCGGCCGCCCACACCCGCCCACGCCCACAGUAUUGUUGCCGUGUAUGAAACACCGGCCACACCCUCACCCUGGCCGGGGCGGCGCGGGGCAGCCGGCGCGGGGCCGAGGCGGGGCCGCCCCGGCAGUGGCCACGUGUACCAACAGCUGACAGCAUAAUUAGUGCAUGAGGCCCCGACGCCCUUACCAUUGUAGCCCAGCAUAAUACGCCUAGCAGGUGCUAACUGCCCCGCCCCGCCCCGCCCCCUGCAGGCCCCCCCACCCCAGCCUGCUGCCCGCCACCUGUUUCCUGGUGCUCAGGAUCCCCACCACCCACCUCCCCCGCCCCACCCCUGCACCCUCACCGCGCGACGCCCGGGGCCGCGCCUCGUCCCUCCCCUCCUGAGGGAGUAAGUGUUGAGGGCGUGCCAGGGAGCGCCGCCUCCCUCUUCCCCAAGUGGAGGCCGCCCCGAUGACGCCGCCCCCAACCACCCUUCCCCCCCCCCCUUCACGCCCCUUUCCCCAUCACCACCACCGUGCCCCGCCACCCACGUCCUGCCCCGCCUCAGAAUUUCCCUUUGUCCUUUCUUGGCUUACUGUGGGGCACCCCCGCCCCGCCCCGCCCCGCCCCGCCGGUCACGGGGCCACACACAGCCCGGACGACAUGGCCUUAAGUCUGGUGUAGUGUUACCAGUCCGGAUUGUUUCCUGCACAAUAUUCUAUGUCGACACGCAGUUAUUAUGGAGGUAAUUAAUUUUGAGAUGAUCCUACUAUAAGGUUACGCUGUGCAUAAUAAUAAAAAAAACUAUUUUAUAUUUAUGAUGAUACAAGUGAAAGUAAAGUCUAAGAGGCGCCUCCUGCAUGAGCCAGCCGAGCACCCGGCGGGGCCACCCGGCGGCGGCGGCGGCCCGCGCCCCUUCCCCCCGCCAGCCGCCGCCGCCAGCCGCCCUCCGCCGCCCAGGCAGCAGCUGGUGGAGGCUGCGGGCCGGCGUGGAGGAGCCGCGCACUGGUCCACCGCUCUUACACUUCAUAACCAUACAUGUAGCAUAGGAAUAUUGUUGAAAAUUUUGCCAUGGAACUUUUAUCUGAGUGAUGGAAAACUAUGAUGGAAUCUUCGCUCCCAUAGUAAUACUCGAGGCUUGAGUGUGCUGGCAGGCGAGGGGCGGGCCGUCCCCCCGGGCCCCGUCCCUCGCCACUCAACAGCGGCUUGUAUUUGCAGACACUAAGUUUUAAGAAAGAGCGCUGUGAACCUUCCUACUGGUACACGUCUUAGUUGGUAAGGCGCCCCGGCACCUGCUGUACCCCUCGGUUGCCCGCCCUCAUGUGAUACACUUGUGUAAUAUUCAAAUUGUUAUAUUCUUGAUAAGCAGGUUUGUUUUCUAUUCUACCGGCCGCCACACGCGACGUGCCCAGCUGCACCGCGUAGCUGCGGCGACGGAGAGCAAGGGAGGGUUGAUGCGGCCUGGGCACGGGCCACCGCCCUUCCCCGGGUGGCCCCGCCCCGCCCCGCCCCACCCCACCCUUAAACCCCACACCCCACCUCAAUUAUUGUCUCAAAAAGAUGCAACAUCAACAACAGCAACAUCAACAACUGGUCAAAAUCAGGUGUAGUGGCCUCAGUCCCUUACUUUCCGCGCCAGCAGGCGGCCGCCCAGCCCUCCCUUUCUUGUGGAGGCCCCACCACCACGCCCCUCAGUGUGCCCCCCCCCCCUCCUUGGUUCCCGCCCUCAGCCCCGCCCCCUCCACGACGCCGCCUGCCGCCCGUGUCACUCACUGGUCUGUCUCUCAAGCUGAUAAUGAUAAUCUUAUGAUGAAAAACGGCUUUACUUUCAUUCUACAUUUCGCCUUUUUGCUUGCACUUUGUAAAAUGUUUUGAAUUCCACAGUUUGUACUAUAUUAUCUGUACAUAAUACGUCAUCGAAUAAAUUUUUGAUAAUUUACCACGAAGAAA